AUGGGUGGAUUGUUGGAUUUAUUAAAUGCUGAUGAAGCUAUCAACAGACGUCAACUUGAACAAGGCCUCGGUGCCAUAGAUUUAGCAGCUGGCGGUGGCUCGUCUCCAUACCAAAGCAGAAGCUUGCCCGGCCAGAGUUUUUUGUCAGAUCUCGGAUCUGUUAAACAUGUUGCGAGUCUUCCCAAUCUUUGCAAAAACAACGAGAGCAACUAUGUGUACCCUUCGCCCUCGUCGAGUGAUAGAGCAUUGAGCUCCAAGCCGAUUUCGCCGCUUGAAGCAACUAGCGCCAUUAGCAGCAGAAGCCCUUCAUCGUCGUCGACAAGUGGAAGAGACAUUCAUAUCAAAAUAGAGGAAGGAGAGGAAGAGGAGGAAGAGAUAGAAGAAGGAGAACAAACCGCUUGUGCUGCUCACGAAAUUUGCAGCAACUCGACGGGUAGCAGCCCUGCACUCCCAAACCAAGUGAGCCCUUCCAUAUUCAAUUCACACAAACCCUUGGUGCAUUUAAGAGACAGCGUCCCCAAAUCCAAGAUUCAUAAAAACAUUUUGAAUUCAAAGAAGUUUGUAAAGUUGGCCAUUCGAAGAAAAUAUUCGACAAAGAGGAAAAACAGUGACACCAAGCAAUCUAAAUUGCACAUUAAAUCAUUGAAAGCUGGCAUCAAGAUCAAGUUGACGGUGUCGAGCAACUUGUUUUCCUUGUACCAUUGCCUUAUCCCAUUCACCGAAGAAAGAAGGUUUUUUCCCUUGUUUGAUGACGAGCAAAGCUUGCACCAGCUCCAGAACUUGAUUGACGACAAGUCGUGUGUUCCCAGUGGUGGCGGUGGACCCACCAACAACUGCGACUUUACCAAUUGCAAUAAAAACUUGGUUUCCAAAGGGGUCCAGUUGAUUGAUAACAAUAUUGUUGACUUGAGCGACUACCUGAACAAGAUUAUCAAGUCCUUCACCAACGAGAUGAACCAGUCUACUCCGACUUUUAACUCGCUCGACACCGCCGUGAGUACUCUUUUCCAAUCGAAACAAUACACUUUGAUUAGAAUCACUAGAUCAACCACCGACGAUGUUCAUGGAAGCUCGAUUUUGAAGUUGGAAACUGCUACGCCUGGUGACUUUAACUUGAUUGACGAUGAAGAAAACUCGGAUGAAAUGUUGCAUUCAUUGGGUAAAGAAGGCGAAACUCCAAACAAUUUGUUUUUCAAAAAGAUUAUCGCUAGACCAAGAUACAAGAGUAACAUGAAGAUUUAUUUUGUUCCUGAAGUGGUCAACUACUCGUUAUACACCGACUUUAGAUCUUUUGAAAGGGACUUGUUUAACGGAAUAGUUCAAUUGGAGUUUGAAAAUGACGAUUUAAACGAUUUAAAGAUUAAAAGGUGCUCGGGCUACAAUAGAAAUGUCUAUUUUACAUUUCCAGUUGACAAAGUGUUGGAGAACUACAAGAGAAUGAUUAUCGAAAGUGGUAACCAGAUGGACCUGGAAGAGGAAGAAGAAGAAGCGCAACACAAAGACAAAGACAAAGACCAAGAAGCAGCAGCAGCAGCAGCAAUAAAGCAAGAAGAAGAAGAAGAAGAAGAAGAAGUAGAAGAAGAAGAAGAAGAAGAAGAAGAAGAAGAAGAAAAGAAGGUGGUUUCUAGCUCACCGGCUGUUCAAACUUUUCAACAUCCCGUUGAAGUGAAGUUGGAAGCUAGCAGACUACCAUCCUUGUCUCCACAACAAGUGAGACCUUUUAUCCCUCAGCAAUUGUUGCACAACCCCCAACACCAAAAACACCAACACCAUCAGCAACCGCAACCUAUCCAUACUUUACAGCACAGGUCUCAAUCCUUUGACUCAUUUUCAAACCCGCAAAGGAACAGCAUGUCCAGCGUGCCCAUGUCUCGCCCACCAAUUUUUUUCAACAGAAUGUCUUCACAACCUCAAGUACCAAUGUACAAUGCACCACAACCACAGCAACAACAACCACCACCACCUCCACCGUAUCAACAACCAUCGCCAAUCGAGGCACGAGCGCCAUCCCAGGUUGGACUUCAAGGGGCACAAUUGGCGCUACCUCAGGCUUAUUCUGGUCCAACGUCUCCCAACGUGAUUCAACUACCACCAUUGAGACAAUUGCCUCAAUUGCCUCAAUUACCUCAGACUCCGCACGGCUCUUCAAUCUCUAGCCAUGUUUCGGGUCCACCACCACCAUUCCGUCCAACUAAGCUUCCUUCAAUCUCGCUCCCUUUUGUUCCGCAAUAUCAUCCUUCGAAACAAUACCAAUCUCAUAGGGGAAUGAGCCAAUUGCUUACACCCCAACAACAACAACAACAACUGCCACCAUUACAACGAGCUCGCUACAUGCCACCAGCUCCUCAACCUCAACCUCAACCUCAAUCUUAUUCACCUCAACAUCAACCUCGUCACUUUUGA